UUUCAUUGCUUGACAGGCGUCGCUGAGUUGCAGGAGCGCACGCUGAUUGCGGUGAAGCCGGACGGGGUCCAGAGGAGGCUGGUGGGGGACGUCAUCAAACGCUUUGAGAAACGUGGCUUCAAACUUGUCGGCCUAAAGUUACUCCAGGCUACCGAAGGGAUCCUGGCUGAACACUACCACGAGCUCCGCCGGAAGCCGUUUUACCAUGACCUGCUUCAGUACAUGACCUCCGGGCCCGUCGUCGCCAUGGUUUGGGAAGGUUACAACGUUGUCAAGACUUCCAGGGCCAUGGUGGGAGAGACGAACCCAGCCGAAGCCAAGCCAGGCACGGUUCGGGGUGACUUUAGCAUCCAUGUUAGCAGGAAUGUCGUCCAUGCCAGCGACUCGGUGGAGACAGCCCAAAGAGAAAUAAGCCUUUGGUUCCGCAGCAACGAGCUGAUCAACUGGGACUGUUGUGAUCACAAAGUCAUGUACGAACCCUGACGUGGCCUCUCCCAUUUCCGGACACGGGAUCUGCUACCUCGGCCAACCGGUUGCCUUUCUUUCUGGAGGGAUGACUGUUUUCAGUCUGUGCAUCCCAGGUUUAAAUCUUGGUGGGCUUGAGAGGAGGCAAACCAACUUUCCAACUUGCCAAGACUUUGCUCAAGCCGGAAAGCCGUGCCUGGCCUCUCCCAAAGCCCAUCUUGCCAGCUGUCCAGGGCCAUGCUGUUGUUCUGGGAGUAUGGUUCUUAAUGGAAUACUCAUUAAAAAGAAGUGGAUUUUA